AUGAAGAAAGACGCUAGAAACGACGAAUCAGAAGACCCCAAACUCUGGGGAGCGGUUUUGUUCGGCUUAAUUGGCGCCACCGCCACCACUCUCGUCUUCGGUCAGCUACGAAAGACUGCUGAAUGGCUCUCUCUGCUAUCUAGGUCUCAGGCAUGGAAAGGAAAAAGUGGUAGUUCUUAUAGAACAGCUUUUCAGGAAGAGGCGUGGAGAAAACAUAAUAAACGAAUGCAAGAGGAGUAUGAAGAGGAGAUGGAGAGAGUUGAACGAAUAAGACGUAUGCAAAACGUGUUUAACAGAGAAAGAAAUAAGUACAAAAGAGGCUAUGAAAGCUGGAAGGAACAGGGUCCUAGCCCAUAUCAUCAACAUUUCCAAAGAGAAGAUUGGUAUUGGAAGACUGAUACUUCAUACAAAGACAGGAGAGCUAAUUAUCGAGAAACACCAAGAGAGAGCAGAAAUUAUGCAUUAUCACAUCACUACUCAGUUUUGGGUCUUGACAGGUUUAGGAAAGCACCAUAUUCAGAUGCUGAAAUUAAGUCAGCAUUUAGGACAAAGGCAAAGGAGUAUCAUCCUGAUCAGAACCAGGAUAAUAAAGACGUUGCUGAAGCCAAGUUCAAAGAAGUGAUGACUUCAUUCGAGGCUAUAAAACAGGAAAGAAAUAACCAAAAUCUGUAA